GGCCGCCUCCUAUACAUACAUCUGUUCAUACAUAUAUACAUCUGCAUAUACGUACGCGUUUCUCACUAAGUGAAACAUCUCUCUCUCUCUCUCUCUCUCUCUCUUCUUUGUUUAUGUGAACCCAUGUGGGUAUGCUCGGAAAAGCUCCCACAUUCCUCUCUCUCGUCAAAUUAGGCAUCUCGUAUACAAGAUCCUGGUUCUCUUCGUGAGUUUUCGUAUCGAGUCUAUGAGCCCUUUUCGAUUCCUAUGAUUUCCUCUCCUAACAUGGCUUGUGUUCUUGGAUUCUUCUCUGUAAUUCUUCUGUUUCUCUCACCCGCUGUUUUCUCUCAGCUCACUGACCUCUACUUCCCUGGAUUCAAAGACGUAGAUCCCACCAACUUGACCUUGAGCGGAAUUGCAGAGAUUCAGAAAAAUGGUGUUCUUCGCUUAACAAACGAGACCAGUCGGUUACUGGGUCAUGCUUUCUAUGCCGCUCCGAUCCGACUCAAGAACGAUGGUAAACCUGUAUCUUUUUCUACUUCUUUUGUUUUGGGUAUAGUCCCUGAGUAUCCCAGACUUGGCGGCCAUGGCCUAGCUUUCGCCAUCGCUACAUCUAAAGAUCUCCAGGCGCUGCCCAGUCAGUAUCUUGGACUUCUCAAUGCAACCGAUAACGGAAACUUCACAAACCAUCUAAUCGCGGUGGAGUUUGAUACUGUUCAGGAUUUUGAGUUUCAGGACAUCAACGAUAAUCAUAUUGGAAUCAAUCUCAACAGUAUGGUUUCUAAUGCUUCUGUUGUUGCUUCUUAUUACGUUGAUGAUUCCAAUAAGCAAAAUAUCAGUCUCAAGAGUGGAAAACCUGUUCAGACUUGGAUCGAUUACGAUUCCUCAACGAAUCUAAUCAACGUUACGAUUUCCCCAAAUUCUUCCAAACCCACAAGACCGAUCUUGUCUUAUAAAGUGGAUCUCUCCCCAAUCUUACACGAUUUCAUGUACGUUGGUUUCUCUGCUUCAACGGGUUUGCUAGCUAGCUCACAUUAUAUUCUGGGUUGGAGCUUUAAGGUCAAUGGUCAACCUCGACCUCUUCAUCUCUCUUCACUUCCUCCAUUACCAGGUCCGAAGAAGAAACAUACAGCGUUAACAAUCGGAGUUUCUCUCAUGUCGGUGGUUCUCGCCAUGUCUGUGAUGGCGAUUGCUAUAUAUCUGUUUUGGAAAAUAAAAAACGCAGAUAUAAUCGAAGAUUGGGAACUGGAAAUCGGACCACAGAGAUAUUCAUACGCAGAGCUCAAGAAAGCAACCAAAAGUUUCAGUGACAAAGGACUACUUGGUCAUGGUGGAUUUGGUCGAGUUUACAGAGGAGUACUUCCUGGUUCAAAAAUCCAAGUCGCGGUUAAACAAGUUUCCCACGAAUCAAAACAAGGUUUGCGAGAAUUUUUAUCGGAGAUUUCUAGUAUAGGUCGUCUUCGUCACCGAAACUUGGUUCAGUUAUUGGGUUGGUGUAGAAGAAGAGGUGAUCUUCUCCUUGUUUACGAUUUCAUGGCUAAUGGCAGCUUAGAUAAAUUCUUAUUCGACGAACCGAAAAUGAUUUUGAACUGGGAGCAGAGAUUUAAAAUCAUAAAAGGGGUAGCCUCUGGACUCCUUUACUUACACGAAGGCUACGAACAGAUCGUGAUUCACAGAGAUGUUAAAGCUAGUAAUGUAUUACUCGACAGUGAAUUAAAUGGAAGAUUAGGCGAUUUCGGGCUCGCUAGAUUGUAUGAACACGGAUCGAAUCCGGGUACAACUCGGGUCGUGGGUACUCUGGGUUAUCUUGCACCAGAGUUACCCAGAACUGGAAAGGCUAACGCGAGCUCCGAUGUGUACGCAUUUGGUGCUGUAUUGCUAGAGACGGUUUGUGGGAGAAGACCCAUCGAGCCAAAAGCCUUGCCGGAGGAGUUAGUCCUCGUUGAUUGGGUAUGGGAAAAUUACAGAGAAGGUAAGGUUCUCGACGUGGUAGAUCAGCGACUCAACGAGAAAUAUGAAGUGGGUGAGGUGUUAAUGGUGAUUAAACUCGGAUUAAUGUGCUCCAACAACAUCCCCAUGGCAAGACCUACGAUGAGACAGGUGGUGAGUUUUUUGGAUUGGGAAAGUGAGGUUCCAGACUAUUUGAUGCCACCCACUGGAUCCGAGGGGGGUAAGAGCAGCGCCGGCGCCGGCGCCGGAGCAGAGGGGUUUGAUGAUUUCGUCAAUUCAUUCCCAUCUUCCUCUUUUGAUAACGUAAGUACUUCCUACUCUUUCAUGGGAAAUGCAAUCGGUGGUGCCAGUUUUGCUUCUCUCUCUACUUCUCCACGUUCCCUUCUUGGAGAAACCAGGAGAGAGAGAUAAUUUAGAAGGAAUUCAGACUUCGAACAUGUACUUCUUUUCGAACUCUUUUUCUUGGUUUCUACAAGACCAGAAAGAAUUUUCCCGGAAAAAUAAUCUACUUUCCAAGAAAACUACAUCUCUUUGUUUGUGCUUGUACAGAUUUUCAUCUCAUCCAUCAAAUUUUCAUUCCUAUUUAAUACUUGGACCAGAUUUACCUUUCCUCAGGAUUCAUGUCAGCAAUAUAGCUGUAAAUGUAAAGCACCACAUAGCGAACGAAGAGUAUAUGUAUCCUUUAACACCUUCCUUCAAUAACAAAUUGGUAAUUUAGGGUUGUUCAUUGUUCGAGAA